AUGGGUGCUUGGGUAAUGGAUGUUUUUCAUGACCACACCUCACUUGACUUCUUGGAUAAUUUACUAAAGUCACAAGAUCAGGUUAAAUUUGUUGUGGAUUCGUUGGCUGCUCCGGUACCACAAACUCUUGAGGAUGGCGAGAUUGAUUGCAGUGAAUCCUUUCAAAAGUUGAUGUCUGCCAUUUUUCUUGCAAUUUGGCUGGACUUCGAUACAAAGAUUCCCUUAGCCAAAGCGAAGUACUCUGGCCACAUCACUGAUGGUAUCGAAGAAACCUAUGACAAAGUUAAGGAUUCCCCAGAUUUCCAGGAACUCGAAAAGCAGGGACAAUUUUUCAAAAAUCAAGCGAAACAAUGGCUUAAAUCUUUAUCUGAAAACCCUGAAUUAUCGGAGCUCUGUGAAUUAUGGAUAAAGGAUCCAGAAAACUACAAAAAGUGGAAGGAAAACAUAGAUUGGGUAAUUGACUUUGUCUCCUGA